CUGUUUCGGCCUCGGCUUCAGCCCCUAGGGCUCCCCGCAGUCGCCUGCUCUUCCUGCUCCGCCCGGGCCACGUCUUCCUGGGAGCUCGCCGCCCGCAUCCCCGCUCGUCCCGCAGGGGCAUGGGGCCUUCCCCAGACCUGGGCCCGCCCUGCUGGGGCUCCAGAGGCGACUCGGCCCCGCCUUGACGGACCAGCCCGCUUGGUGCCGCGGCCCCAGGAUGAAGGGCGGCGAGGGGGACCCGGGCGAACAGGCCCCGCUGAACCCGGAGGCCGAGAGCCCCGCGGGCUCGGCCACGUACCGGGAGUUCGUGCAUCGCGGCUACCUGGACCUCAUGGGGGCCAGUCAGCAUUCGCUGCGGGCGCUCAGCUGGCGCCGCCUCUACCUCAGCCGGGCCAAGCUCAAAGCCUCCAGCCGCACGUCUGCCCUGCUCUCGGGCUUCGCCAUGGUGGCCAUGGUUGAGGUACAGCUGGAGAGAAGCCACGAAUACCCGCCGGGCCUCCUGGUGGCCUUCAGUGCCUGCACCACUGUGCUGGUGGCUGUGCACCUCUUUGCACUCAUGGUCUCCACCUGUCUGCUGCCUCACAUUGAAGCUGUUAGCAACAUCCACAACCUCAACUCGGUCCACCAGUCUCCACACCAGCGACUCCACCGCUACGUGGAGCUGGCCUGGGGCUUCUCCACUGCCUUGGGCACCUUCCUUUUUCUGGCCGAAGUUGUCCUAGUUGGCUGGGUCAAGUUUGUGCCCAUCGGGGCCCCCUUGGGCACAUCAGGCUCAAUGGGACCUGCCUCCCAGCUGCCUGAGACUCUGCCGCCAGUGGCCACCUCCCUUGGUCCAGCUUCCAAGCCAUCGUCCACUUCUGUAGCCCCAUCACAGGCUGAGCCCCCUGAGGCCUGCCCCCCACGGCAAGCGUGUGACGGUGGUGCGGCCCAUGGACCAGGCUGGCAAGCCGCCAUGGCCUCCACGGCAAUCAUGGUACCUGUAGGACUAGUGUUUGUGGCCUUCGCCCUGCAUUUCUACCGCUCCUUGGUGGCUCACAAGACCGACCGCCACAAGCAAGAGCUAGAGGAGCUGAGUCGCCUGCAGGGGGAGCUUCAGGCUGUGUGAGGCUGGUGUUAGCCCAAGGCUGAGAGCACUGCCUCCCCCAGAGCUCAGUCAGAGGCCCUGGAUCUACCAACCCCAUUCUGUGGCCCUGCCUGCAGCCACUUCCUGUGGCCACUCUCAGGUAGAGAACAGAUUCCUGCCUUCAGGGUCCUUCGGGCUGGACCUUGGGGCAGCUCCCACAUUCCCAGGGACUGUCCCUGUCUAGUCUGUCCCAUGCGUUUUAGAAGCUCUUCUCUACACCCAUGGGGCUGGGAGGAGCAUGAGAGUUAAGUGGAAGGUCCUCGGUCCAAGCUCCUGCGGUAGGAGAGGGGAGGCAGGGAGACCCUGGUCAGACCUUCGGUGCUCUUAACCACUUGCCCCCAUACAGAAUGAGAACGUCAGAAGGAUACACGCCCACCCAGUUGCCCCAGAAGGCAGCCAAUCCUUAUUUUACUUUUGUAGAAUCUGUUUUAUGGUUGGCUUUUUUUUCUUUUUUGAAGUUUUCCCCCAUCCUCAGAUUUUGAUUUCCACGCUCUCGCUUUGGCAUUUGGGUAGAGAGGGAUUUAGGUGUUUCUCCCCCAGGCACAGGUACAGCCUUUCCAAGUCUCCCUAUUUGGAGGAGGUUCAAAUGCCUGCCUCACUGCCCUAGACACACACUCAUGCUUCUACAACUGAUUCCUACUCUCCUGGUCCAGUGCUGGGGGGCCGUGCGCCAGCCUGACUCCCUAGCAAGGAUUGGGGUGAUAAGGGAGAAGGUCCAUUCCAUAGCCCUUAGAAUACAGAACUAUUCUGACACUGAAUUUUUGAUGCACCUAGUUUUGUAUAAUAAAUUGUGUUUUACACA